AUACGUAUCGAAUGGAGCAACCUGGAGACAUCGCAGCAGAUCGCCUAUCUUGACGCGGAGCGCUGUCUCUGGGACCUCCCUGCGGAAACACAUCUCCCCAAUGUCACCAGCCGGUACACGGAUCUGGUGGCUCUGCACCAAAGCCUCACGGACUAUGUCCACUGGGAUGGGGUCUUCCUUCCCUGGCAUCGAUACUUGCUCCACACCCACGAAACCCUCCUUCGGACGCAGUGCAACUACACCGGCCCGAUCCCAUGGUGGGACGAGCGCAAAGACGCAGGUGCGUUUCAGAACGCCUCUAUCUUCUCUGCUUCGACCUUCGGGACCAUCUCCGGCACUCCCUACAGCGGCAUGAUUGCGGAUCAAGAUGAGUCCGACUACAUCUGCGUGACGGAUGGGUAUUUCGCGAACAGCACGCUGCACAUUGGAUUCGGGAGUGAAGAAACCUACCACUGCCUGUCCCGGGAUGUCAACGAGGAGCAGAGUGCCUACACGAGCGAGGCAUGGGUGGACCAGUGCAACGCCUAUGGGAACUACACCGAAAUGUUCAACUGCGUCUUUCAGUACCCUCACGGUGGCGGCCACAGCGGCGUCGGUGGGGUGAUGGGCGAUGUGUCCGGCUCCCCCGGCGACCCCGUCUUCUUCUUGCACCACGGCUUCGUCGACCGCAACUGGUGGGCCUGGCAGUCCGCUGAUCCUGAUAAUCGGCUCUACCAGCUCAGUGGGUACACCACUGAGUCCGAGCCGGCCACCGGCUGGGUCAACGUCACGCUGGAGUACAAUCUGACUUCGUAUGAGAUUCUUCCCGACGUGACUAUCGAGCGCGUGAUGGAUACAGAAGGGGGGUAUCUGUGUUAUACAUACGAU